AUGGGAUUAUAAGUAAAGUAUUAAUUGAAUCAAUAAUAAUUAGUUUCAUUUAGGAUAAAUUUGGGACUUUGGAAUCUACACAUAUGAUACUUAUUUCAUUGUCAAUCUAUUGAGUAAUAUAUUCAACAUUUUAAUGGUUGUAAGUGGAUUGGUAUUAUGAUUAUAAUUGUAGAUCUUUAUUGUAGUUAAAGGAAGUAAGGUUCUAGAUUUUGUAUUCUCUAUAUAACUAUGGCAUUUCUUUAUUUGUUGUGUUUUGA